GCGCCCCGCCAGGACGCUGCCCCGGGAAGCAAAGUCGGUUGUCCCACUCGUGGACACUUGCGGUGUGCAAGCCGCCCCUCGCUGCGUCCUACUCCUAGGGAGCCAAGGCCCCCACCCGUGGGAGCCGGGAUGCCCCAGAACGUGGUCCUCCCGGGCCCUGCACCCUGGGGCUUCAGACUCUCGGGGGGCAUAGACUUCAACCAGCCUUUGGUCAUCACCAGGAUCACUCCAGGAAGCAAGGCGGCAGCUGCCAACCUGUGUCCUGGCGAUGUCAUCCUGGCUAUUGAUGGCUUUGGUACAGAGUCCAUGACGCACGCUGAUGCACAGGAUAGGAUUAAAGCAGCAGCACACCAGUUGUGUCUCAAAAUUGACAGGGCAGAAACUCGCUUAUGGUCUCCACAGGUAUCUGAAGAUGGGAAAGCUCAUCCUUUCAAAAUCAACUUAGAAUCAGAGCCUCAGGAUGUGAACUACUUUGAACACAAGCACAAUAUUCGGCCCAAACCUUUCAUAAUCCCAGGCCGAAGCAGUGGAUGCAGCACGCCCUCCGGUAUUGAUGGUGGCAGUGGACGUAGCACCCCUUCUUCUGUCAGUACUGUUAGUACUAUUUGCCCAGGUGACUUGAAAGUUGCUGCUAAGAUGGCCCCUAACAUUCCUUUGGAAAUGGAACUUCCCGGUGUGAAGAUUGUACAUGCUCAGUUUAAUACACCUAUGCAGUUGUACUCAGAUGACAAUAUUAUGGAAACACUUCAGGGUCAGGUUUCAACAGCUCUAGGGGAAACACCCUCAAUGAGUGAGCCCAUGGCCUCAGUACCACCCCAGUCAGAUGUGUACCGGAUGCUCCAUGACAAUCGCGAUGAACCUGCUCAGCCUCGCCAGUCAGGCUCUUUCAGGGUGCUCCAGGAGCUAGUGAACGAUGAUGACCGCCCUGCUGGGACUCGCAGUGUGAGGGCACCAGUUACUAAAGUCCAUGGCGGAGCUGGAGGCGCUCAGAGGAUGCCACUCUGUGACAAGUGUGGAAAUGGCAUCGUUGGCGCCGUUGUGAAGGCACGAGAUAAGUACCGGCAUCCCGAGUGCUUCGUGUGUGCUGACUGUAACCUCAACCUCAAGCAAAAGGGCUACUUCUUCGUGGAGGGGGAGCUGUACUGUGAAGCUCAUGCGAGAGCCCGCACGAGGCCCCCAGAGGGCUAUGACACAGUCACCCUGUAUCCCAAAGCUUAGGUCCUUUGCAGGAGGGGGCACGCACGCACGCACGCACGCACGCACAUUUACACUAGAGAGAUUAAAAGGCUUGGGGCCGAAAGAUGGCGAAAUGAGGGCUCCAACUCUACAGCCACGGCUUUUAGACAUUCAUUUAUCAUAUCGUGUUUUGAGGAAAAGAAAUGGGUGGCAAAUGUCUGCUCUAUGACAAAAACAUGUGUUUAGCUAUGUUUUGCAAUUCUUUUUAUCUUUGGUGAUAGCAGUAAUGACAUUAAAAACAAUAAUUUUUGUAUGUCAUAUGCCACAGUUGACAUUUCUAAUAUGACCAUCCAAAGUGCAAAUAUUAAGAUAUUAGGGGAAGUCUAUUGUCUUUCCUUGUUAAAUUGAUUUUUACAAUUGUAGAAAAACUGUACCAAAUACCAGUCGCGUAAUCUAACAUACUCUGCAGUUGUCUGCAUCUGUUUUAACUAUUAUAGUGCAUGUCAGGGAGAAAUUCUCAGGAUUUCUCUAGGCUCUUCAAGCAACUGUAUGCAAAAAAAUAAAUACAUAAAACAUUUUAAAAAUAUCUAAUGAAGUGGCAAUCAAUGAAUUCAGUCAAAAUCAACAUUUCAAUGACAGGGCUCAAUCAUAUCUCUGCAUGUACACUGCCAACUCAGAUAUUUUAAGAAAUAUGUCUUCUUUAGUUUGUCUGUGGUGCUGGGAUUUGAACUUAAAGCCUUCACACUGAGCUCCAACCCCAGCUCUUUUUUUUUUGAGACAAGAUUUCCCUGGCUGGGCUGAGCUUGAAUUUGAAAACUUCCUGCUUCAGCCUUCCAAAGUGCUAACAUUGCAGGGGAGUGCCACCAUCCCCAGCUUCUUUAGUUUUUAUAAGACACUAUUUCUUAUGAGUCCAAAAUUUUUGCUACUAGGAGGAGAAUUUUAAUUUGCUAAUUAAUGGCAAUUCACUCUUUCCAACUAAAAUUUUGAGUUGGUUUGACAUACUCUUUUCCCAUUGAAAUGCCUCUUUCAGGUAAACAUUCAGCAAAAUAGAAUGCUCAAAGUUUAUCAGGCUAUCUCUCCAUGCUCAAUGAUUUACUAGUGCGGCCUCCUUCCACUUAGGGACCUUCUAAGGAAACAGGAGCUGCUGGUUUUCUAGGGUCCUGCUUAUAUCCAUUGCUGAAAUCCACAAUUCUACUUGUGGUCUGUUUUCUUGGCAUAGUUUGAACCAAGUAAUAACGUCCCCUUCACCACCCCAAAACUCUUAGCCCUCCAAGCGGUGAUGACUCCUCUGCAUCCCAUGGGUGCGCUCCCUCCGACCUCUGGUACAGACAUUCUGCCAGGCAGCUCUGCUUGGAGUUACCUUGCUUCUCACCAAAGGUGGCCCCAUAAAAGUGUCCUUGACUUACAUCUCUCUCCUACUUUCCAUGUUCCUCGCCAAGGUCACCUGAGAACUUUUAAAACUGUCCCUUCAAAGUUCAAAUCCAGGGAACCAGCAGGAUGUGGAGCUCUCUCUCUUCACCACCUUGUCACACAGGCAUCCCCGCCCUGCUACAUCUGCUGCCUUUUGGCUUGAGCAAGAGUCCCCCUCCCACUGGAUGCCAGCUUCAUUGCUAGGGAUUCUUCCAAACUUAGCUAAUUAUUUCUGACCCCAACUUCCCAGAGUUUUGAUCCAGCAAGAGGAGCCAGAACACUUACCUGGCCCAUGUAAGCAUUCAAGAUUGCAACCCUGCACCAAAACAUAAAUUUAUUAGAAGAGGUAUUAAAAAAUAAAAUAAGAAACCAUUGAGAUCAAAGAUAUGAAUGUAUCCAAAAUGCAAUGCAUUUUUAUUCAACGGUUAUUUUUUACAUUUUUGUUCUAGGAAACUUAACAAUUUGGAAACUAGAACUCAAAUGAAUGGUAACCGACUUAGAAAAGCUAAGAAAGUAAAACCCAAAGUAGCAAAAGAGAAAACUGAAAAGCGCCCCAAUUUACUCUGCAGAAUAUUUUUAAAUUAUGAGAAUUAAAAGCACUAGGCACUGCUCUGAUAGACUGAGAGGAAGCUAUUUAAAAAGCACUUAGACCCUAAAGGCUUCCCUUGCUCCUGCUGCACACCACACACUCCCCUACAUUUCCCAGUGAGUUUGUGUUAUCUGGAAAGGGGGAAAUAGCAUCCUUAAACUAGAAGAUGGAAGCAUAGUGACCAACAUGUGUGCUGUCUGAAAAAGAAUAAAUUAAGAGUAAAUGACUCAAGAAAAGUAUAUAUUACACAUUAUAUUGUACACAAAUAUACAAUGUGCAUUAGGCAUUAGAUGGUAUUUUUCUUAAAAUUAUAUUUCACGUGUACCAGAGUACAUAAUUAACUCUUCAAGCCCAUGUUUAAAAAGGACUUUUUUAUAGUAAAAAAUGAAAUAGUUCUAGUCUCAAAUUUAGAUAUCUUAGGCUAUGUGACUAGGGCUUGUGAAGCAUGCCCCUUUUUUGACAAUUCAAUAUAGAAAUUUAAACAUGUAGGAGAAUUAACUACGGGGUUAGUAAAUAGAAAUGAAUGCUAUAUAAAAGUUGUUUUAAGAUGAAAAUAGCAGUAUUGUUGUUGGUUUGUUUUGUUUUGUUUUGGUACCAGGGAUUGAAUGCGGGACCUUGUGCUUUCGAGGCAGGUGGCCGCACCACUGAGCCAAAUGCCUGACAAAAACAUAGCAGUAUUGAAAUAGAAAGGAGUUAAACUUUUUUUAAAAAGUAAUUAUUUCCCCUUAUACAGCAUUUUAUGCUUCAAUAAUGAAUUCACAUCAGGAAUUGAAAUUCUAGGAGAGAAUUCAUGCCAUGAAGAAAGAAUGCCAACUAGUUUUGAUCUACCUCAGAGAAUAACAUUUUCUUAGCAGUCUUAGUCACUGUAUUCACAUUUAUAAGCUUUUGAAAGCUAACAAUAAUCAAUAAAACUAACCAAGAUUAA